UGGUCUGCUCUGGGGCCGGGGGAGGCUGUGGGGAGGUUUUCAUUAAGUUUUUCCUCUUCCCCCCGGAUUGGGCUCUUCUCCCUCUCCCGAGCUGAGCUCGCCUCGCCAGCUGGCCUGCGUCUACGCUCCCACGGCCCCAGACUCGCCCCCCUCCCGGACCCGGCCAGAGCAGGAGCAGGAGCAGGAGGAAGAGGAGAAGGAGGAGGAGGAGGAGGAGGAAAAAAGGGAGGCGGGAGUUGGCCGAAGCUCGGGAGGCCAUCAGAGCCAUGAACCUCUGCCUCCUGUUAGUCCUGCUCGCGGCCGAGGGAGGAAUCUGCACCUUCCGGCCCCUGGAGGAGUCUCCCUGUGACAUGGGGUCUGGAGCGGGUGCCCGCCACCCUCCACCCAGACGUGCGCAAGAUGGACCUGUCGGGCAACCGCCUCCGCGGCCUGACGGAGCAGCCCCUCGCCUUCUACGCGGCGCUCCGCCACCUGGACGUCAGCGCCAACCAGAUCAGCUCCAUCGAGGCCGGGCUCUUCGCCCGCCUGCCCCAGCUGACCCACCUGAACCUGGCCCGCAACCGGCUGGACCGCCUGGCCCCUCCCGGCCCCGCCGGGCUGGGCCUCCUGCCGCGGGUGGCCUCGCUGGACCUGUCGGCCAACCGCCUGUUCGACGGCCUGGCCGAGGCCUUCCUGCGCGACGCCCCGGCGCUGCGCUCCCUGUCCCUGGCCGAGAACAGCCUCACCCGGCUCUCGGCGCCCAUGUUCCGCGGCUGCCCGGCCCUGGAGGACCUGGACCUGCACAGCAACGUGGUCCUGGACAUCGAGGACGGCGCGCUGGACGGGCUGCGGCACCUCUCGGUCCUCAACCUCUCCACCAACUCCAUCGCCUGCAUCUCCGACUUCAGCCUCCGGCCGCUGCGGCGCCUGGACCUGAGCCGCAACAGCAUCGAGAGCUUCCAGGCGGCCGAAGGCCCCGACCCCGGCCCCGACGCCGGCGAGUUCCGGCUCAGCUGGCUGGACCUGCGGGAGAACCGGCUCCUGCGCUUCCCGCGGCUUCCCCAGGCCAACCAGCUGGCCUACCUGAACCUGGCCAACAACCUCAUCCGCCUGGGCCCGGCCGACGGCGGGGCCGGCGACCGGCCGGCGGACCCGGACGCCGGCCGGUCGGCGCUGGGCCGGCUCCAGCACCUGGAUCUGAGCUCCAACGAGAUCGAGGCGGUGCCCGGCGGCUUCCUGGAGCCCCUGGCGUCCCUGCGGGUGCUGAACCUGAGCCGCAACUGCCUGCGGGCCUUCUCGGGGCCGCGGGGCCGCGGGCUGGCCGCCCUGGAGGUGCUGGACCUCAGCCACAACGUCCUGCGCCGCUUCAGCGCCGGGGCCCGCGGCCUGGCCCGCCUGCGCCAGCUGCACCUGCAGCGCAACGCGCUGGAGGCCCUGCCGCCGGCCGCCUUCGGGGGCCUGGCCGCCGUCCGGCUGGUCAACCUGAGGGGCAACAACGUCAGCGUGUGCGAGGCCGGGCCGGAGGCCGGGCCCGGGCCGGGCGGCUGCGUCGCCUUGUCCGGCCUGGCCACCCUCCGCCACCUGGACCUGGCGGAGAACGCGCUGCGCCGCCUCCCCGACGGGGCGUUCCGGGGCUCGCCGCUGGCCGCCCUCGAUCUGUCCGGCAACCCGGGGCUGCGGCUCGGGGCGCGGGCCCUGGAGGGGCUGGAGCCGUCGCUGCGCGUCCUGCACCUGCAGGGCAACGCGCUGCCGGCCCUGGCCGUCCCCCUGCCCCUCUUCCCGCACCUGGAGCGCCUGACCCUGGCCCAGAACCGCCUGAGCUGGCUGCCCCGCUGGACGCCCGGCGGCUCCUUGCGGGUGCUGGACCUGCAGAACAACAGCUUCAGCCACCUCCAGGCCAGCGACGUCUCGGCCCUGGCCCGGACCCUGCGGAGCCUCUACCUGUCCGGGAACCCGCUGAGCUGCUGCGGGAACGCCUGGCUGUCCGCUCUGGUGCGCGGGGACAGCGCGCUCCUCCCGGACCCCGACCGCCUGACCUGCCGCUUCCCGCCGGUGCCCGGAGGCCGGGAGGAGGUGCGGGUGCGCCAGCUGCGGCCCGAGGACUGCCAGGAGGGCCAUGCGGGGCCCGCCACCUGGUUGCUCCUGCUGGCUCUGGCGCUGCUGCUGCUGACGCUGCUCCUGGCCGGACUGGCCUCCUUCUCCUGCGCCCGGCGCUACAGGCUCAGGAGGCGGCAGCUCAAAGCCUGAGGGCCGUCCGGGGGCGAGGCCCGGGCCCCUCCCGCUCCCCGGGCGCCCCCCGCCCCCAACGAGGUCGACGCUCGGGAGGACCCCGCCGGACUCGAGGAGCCGGACACCUCGGGGCUCUCGCCCGGCGCCCCGCUCCGGUCCUCUCCGGGUCGACGGCCUUUACCGAGAAGCAGCGUGGACUGGUGGCGAGAGCACGGGCUUGGAGGUCGGAGGGCGUGGACGGUCUGACCUCGGCUGCUGUGUGACCUCGGGCGACUCGCUUCGCUCCUCCGGGCCUCAGUUCCCUCGGCCGGAGGUGAAGGCCGUGAGCCCCAGGCGGGACAACCUCACCGCCUCGCAUCUACCCCGGCGCUCAGAACGGUGUCCGGCACAAGGCGAGCGCUUCGCAGAUACCGGGGUUAUUACGGAUGAGCGCUGUAAUGGACGCCCGGCGCCGUACGAGGGGCUGGGGAGAGUACGAUGGGGGUCCGGAGGCGGCGCAGACCGGCUCCCACCGACACCGGGCCGCGGCCUGGGCCCAGCUGGGCUCGGGAAGACCCGGUCGUCGGGGCGUCGAGUGGCCCGGGGUGAGGGUGGGGUUGGAUUGGGGUGGGGGGAGCGGCAGUCCGAACCUGGAAACGCACGGAAAGAGUCAAAAGGGCAGCACCCCUGCCCUCGGGGAGCGGACCGUCCACUGGGAAAGCCAAGCCGGUCAAACGGACGGAGCCGGCCUGGUUAGAAGGGGGCGGGAGAGAAGACAGAAACGGUAAAAGGCGGUGGCGGAACAACAGA